AUCGGUACACGGGGCGACGUUCAACCUUACAUCGCCUUAUGUAAAGGGCUUAUGAAAGAAGGCCAUCGUUGUCGAAUAGCUACCCAUGAGGAAUUCAAGGACUGGAUAGAAGAACAUCAUAUUGAAUUCAGAAGCAUUGGAGGCGACCCUGGUGAACUCAUGAAUUUGCGUAGAAAACAACUUUUUCAGUGUCAAUUUUGUCGUAGAAGGUCUUCGUCUGUUCAAGAAUUGGAUCGAUGAGUUAUUAGGCCUCACAUGGAAAGCCGUUCAAGGAACGGACAUCAUUAUUGAAAGUCCGAGUGCCAUGGUCGGUAUUCACAUGGCGGAAGCACUUCAAGUCCCUUACUUUCGAUCCUUCCCCAUGCCUAUGACACGCACACGCUCCUUUCCUCACCCCUUUGCUACACCCAAUCAUCCAAAAGGUCGGCUUUACAAUGAUAUGACCUAUGUGUUGUUUGACCAUGCUGUCUGGAGAGCCAUUGCGAGCCGCACGAAUUCUUUUCGUCGAUCCACGCUUGGCUUGCCCUCCACCACGUACGAGAAACUGGAAGUCUGGAAAAUACCGUAUCUUUACUCUUUCAGUCCACAUAUUGUGCCUAGUCCGUUGGAUUGGCUUGAUUGGAUACACUGCACCGGUUAUUGGUUUUUAGAUAAUCCACAAACAGGUUGGGCGCCCGACGCCGCUUUGAAGGCUUUCAUUGAAGCGCCCGAUAGUCGUCCUAUCGUUUAUAUUGGGUUUGGUUCCAUCAUUGUCUCUGAUCCGUUUGAAAUUAUUCGCGUGAUCGUCGAAUCGGUUUUACUGUCCAACGUAAGAGCCAUUGUAUCACAGGGCUGGUCCUCCCGAUUACACGAUAAGAAACAACAAGAGGGAGCGAAUGAAGCUACGAAGAAAGAAGCAGGGGCAAAAAAAGAAGGGAACCAAGAGGAAGAUAUAUUGAAAAAGUACCCUGAUACCAUUUUCAGCGUGCAGUCAGUCCCCCAUGAUUGGUUGUUUCCCAAAAUACGAGCAGUCGUGCAUCAUGGUGGUGCUGGCACGACAGCUGCAGGAUUAAGGGCGGGUCGACCCACGAUUAUCAAGCCAUUCUUCGCAGAUCAGUUUUUCUGGGGAGAAAGAGUAGAGGAAAUGGGUCUGGGACGAUGCAUCAAACAGCUGACGGUAGAAAACCUAUCAGCAGCUUUAAGGGUGGUAUCUACCGAUGAAAACAUGCUGCGCGUAGCGAAUCAAGUUGGACAUAAAAUUAGACAGGAAACUGGCGUGGAAACAGCUAUUCAAUGCAUUUACCGAGAUUUAGAGCUUGCAAAAGCCAGAACAAUGUCCUCAAUACAGAAAACCGCGAAAACCAACUAUGUAACUAGUACGAGUAAAAAGGACGGGGAAGAUGAUCAGGAUUGGACACUUAUUGAAGAUGCUAUGUCUGGUUCCAUCUCUCCUGGAUCAUGGAAACCUGCAGAUUAAAUCGUUCUAAAAACACAUCUUUUGUGAAUCAUAACGAUUUUUCCUAUCGGCUUAUUCUAACUUUCAAUACAAAGUAUUACAACGACCAUUGUUGAAUGAUAAAAUUUUAUACCACAUUCUUCUUUGAAAGGAAGGCGAGAUAUCCUAUUAUAAUGCCUUCAAUUAAAGCAUGUGUAGACUCUUUUGACGAUUUAUAUGAAUAUUUACAAAAUGAGAG